GCCUUCAUUCAGAGUGUAAUUGUCAGACAUACAGUACAACUUACUUGUGCUCCAGUUAUUCGAACUAAAUUCUCAUUGUUAAAUUCUAUUUUACAAGUAAAUUCAAUAAACUCAAAACUCAAAAUGCCAGAAGUUUGGGAAGGAAAAGCCUACAAGAUGACCGAAUCGGAAAAUUUCGACGAGUACAUGAAGGCAUUGGGUGUCGGAUUCGUUCUUCGUAAGAUCGGUAACUCAACGUCUCCAACCGUUGAAUUGAAGAAGGACGGUGAUCAAUACACUUUGGUCACGUCGUCAACAUUCAAAACGUCGACCAUCACAUUCAAAUUGGGCGAGGAAUUCGAUGAAGAGACUUUGGAUGGCCGCAAAGUUAAGAGCACCGUUACCGCGGACGGUAAUAAGUUCAUCCAUAAACAAGCUGGUACACCCGAAUCGACCAUCAUUCGUGAGUUCAACGACAAGGAAUUGGUUGCCACCAUGACCGUUGGAGACGUUACUUGCACUCGUAAAUACGCCGCCCAAGAAUAAUUGCAUCCAGACAGUAUUCAUUCGAAGAACAACAUCAACAACAACAAAAAAAAGGUUAAGAGGAAACAAAAAAAGAAGACCAUUCCAGUACAAAGCAGAAAAAAAAAACGUUGACAAAAAUGCAGAUACCAUCACACAUACGUCACCAAUAACAUCACCAUUGCAAACAUUUGGACUGGAUUGACAUGAACUAUAUUAUCUAUAAACUGAUUUUUUUUAAUGCGCAUUAUCUUGUUUUGGCUUGAAACGAAAAACACCACGUACUGAUAUUUUUUUUCUCUGAAACAAACAAAAACGCAAAUUAUGAUACUAAAACAAAAACGGCGAUACCAAAAUAUUCUUCUUGACUUUUUAAAUGAAUUUAUUGGUUUAAUUUUUCAUUUUUUAAAUGUUCAACAUUGAAAUAUUGAUCACCAAAACAUUUCUUUUUCUCAUUCUCGUAAAAUAAUUUGCAGUAAUUUCUUUUGACAAGAAAGUAAAACAAAAAUAACUGUAGCUUUUUUUUGUGUGAAAGUGUACGCCGCAAAGUGUACAUCAUUUUCAUUUCUCAUAUUUGAUACCAAAACUUAAAAAAUAAAUAAAUAAACUUCAUAUUUUGAAGCAAA